AUGCUGGCAGCUCCAAGAGAGCCAUGUGUGCUCCAGUCUAGUGCUAGGCUGGGGGAGGUGGAGCUAAGGGGCCUCGGUUCUGCACCUGUGACAUCAUUAGCUGGCCUUCUAUGACAUCACAGGGCUCAGCCUGAGACCCCUCCCACACUCAAGAUUGGAAGCCAGUGACUUCUGGGAGAACCUAUGGACCAUCUGUUGGUGUGUGGCUUGCUGUUGAUGCUUCAGGGACAGGCCAUUUGGGGACAAGGUACCGGGUGCAAGGAAAGGGAGUGGGGCGCUGCCAUGGGGUGAAGGCAGGGCUGGAGGCGCUUUGGCUCCUUCCCUCGGAGGCCCUUGGCAGACCCCAAAAAACAACAACCCCACCUUCUGAUGGCCAAUCUUCCAAGAACCCCUCCCCCUGGCUGCUCCGUUUCCUGUGACAUCACAGGAAUGAUGUGACAUCAUCACCUCUUGGAGUGGGGAGGGUGGGGAGGCCGAGGGGGUUUGGGGCCUCCUCCUGGCGACCAGCCCCAAUGCCCAUGCUCUGUCUCCACGGCUGGAGGCAGCAGUUUCUGGAAACCACAGGAGGGGAGAGUGGCUGUUGCUUGGAUCCUGCCCCCAGGCUUCCCUUUGGGGCAUCUGUUUGGCCACUGUGAGAAGAGGAGGCAGGACUGGGUGGGCAACGGGCCUGAUCCAGCAGGGCUCUUAUUACAAAGGGCUCUUGUGCCAGCAAAACCUCCAUGGCUGGGGGCAGUCUACCCCUGAAUAUCACAGGUAUGAGGAAGGACAACCCGAGAGUGCUCUUGCAGUCUGGCCCUGGUCGCAGGUUUCCCAUGAAGGGCAUCCAGUGGGCCUGCAAGGGCCUGAUCCUGCAUCCAGACUCUUUAUGUCCUUAGGGAGCCUCCACGGCCAGGCUCCUGGGUUCUUCGGGGCACCAGGGCGGGAUGGUGGAGUGUGGCAGGGGCCCGGGGCCCUUCUGACGUGCGCUUGCCUCCGCCCGCCCCUCUCCUCCAGGCUGCGGCUUCCGGCCAGAGUUCGACGGGCCCCACGCCUCCCCCGUGGCCGGCGCGCGCAUUGUGGGGGCUCGAAAUCCCUCCCCGGGAAGUGGCCCUGGGUGGUCAGCAUACAGACCAGCACCUACCACUUCUGCGGGGGGUCCAUCGUGCACCCGUGGUGGGUCCUCUCCGCCGCCCACUGCUUCGCAGAGAGAAGGUGAGGAAGGAGGGGGGAGGGGGCAGAGGGCCGGCUGCCGGUGGGGGGGGGACCGUCAGGCGGGGUCCCGGCCUGGCUGCCAGGAACCUCCUCCGGAGGCUGUGCGCGCGCCCUCUCCUGCCCGCCAAGCCACGCCCUGCGGAGCCAAGGGGGAGGCUGGCUCUGGGUGCAGCCGCGUGUGUCUGAACCGGCAUGCGGACACGGGUUAAGCGCCCGUUUACCACCAGACUCUUCUCUUGCAAACAAAGAUUGCUUUCUUGAUCUCUGCUUCCCUUAUUUUGAUUCGGCUGCUUAAUGAAGGGUGCCUCCUCCAUGUGACCUUCUGGAGAACCAGCCUUCUCUGUGGUGGCUCCCCGUUUGUGGACUGCUCGCCCCGGGGAGUCUCGCCUGGCGCCUUCAUUAUGUCUGUUUAGGCACCAGGCGGAAACUUCCAAUUAAUGCUCUACAGCCUUUCAAAUGUGUUCGUGGGAAGGGGGUUAUUGUUUCGUAUUUUGUGCUUUUAUGCUGUAUUUUUUAUCUUGGGAACCGCCCUGAGAGCUUGUGGCGAAGGGCGAAAUAUAAAUUCAAAUAAUGAAAUUAAAUAAGUAAAUAAUCCGGCCCUGGAUUACUGCAUCGCAGCGGGCUGGACUAGAUGGCCGCUGGGGGACCCCUCCCAACUCUACAGUUCUAUGACUUCAGGGAGACCCUGUUUGGAGGCGAAAGUGUGUGUGAAUUCUGACUAAACCCAGAGCCCCCCCCCUCUCUUUCCUUCAGCGACAAGGUCAGGGUGGCCGCGGGGAGCAACCUCCUGGGGAGGCACAACGUCACCCGCUGGGUGCGCAAGAUCCAUCUGCACCCCGCGUACAGCACCCGCACCUACGACAACGACCUGGCGCUCCUGCUGCUGGACAAGCCCAUCCCCUACAGCUUCUACCACAGCCCCCUCUGCCUCCCCGACCACAGCAUCGUCCCCGACGACAACAUGUGGGAGAGCUGCACCGUGGCCGGGUGGGGGCUGACGAAGGCCGGUGAGCCCCGAAGGCGCCGCUGCCUCUUCCGCGCUUCCUUUCCCUGGACGAAAUCCCGCGUCCCUCCAAAGACAGACCCGGGGCUGAGGGAGAGCGGAGUCGGACCGGGAGUGCCGGCUUGGGCUCGCGACUGUGGGUGCCCCGGGGUCGUGGGUGCCACGCAGCGUGCACGACCCUGCCACGCACCGGUGCCCGGACCCUUCAGGGGGAAUUUUGUGGGUGCUUGGGUACCCAGGGCCCCAGGGAGUUGGCACCCGUGAGCCGGGCCAUUGCGCGUGUGGACCCCUGUUUGAACAGAGGGGGGUUACCUGGGUGGGCAAGAAAGAUGGGGGGGGGGGACACGCCCCAUGCUGACUCAGGAUUUGGUCCUGGGCAGCUGCCACCCUGCUCUACCUCCCUUCCUCAGUUCUUCCACCUGUAAAAUCUCUCUUCUCUUUGGCGAUCACUUGUAGCUGAGUAAGAUUGUCUUCCGUAAACACGGUCUUAACAAUGAGUCCGUAAGAGAGGCCAAUUCUGGAUCCACCCGUCCUUCCACAGCGGGGACAUUGGUUUCCGGGCGGGAGUUGAUCCCGGUGUGGAUUUGCCAAGCGUGCCUUCCCCUUCGCACGUUUCUCCCUUCUGUCCUGAGUUCGAGUGUCUUCAAAGCCCAUGACACCUUUGGUCAAGGCUGUUCUCCAACUGUCUUUCCCUGUAAAAUGGGAAGAUGGUUACGGAUGCCGGACUCGAGCCUUGCCUGCGUUGUUGGCGCAGCGGUGUGGGAUGGAUUGGGGGCGGGGGGAGGAAAGAAGCCCGGUCCUCCCAAAAACCCCUCUGCCUCAAGAUGUGGCCGCCAGGGCAGAGAAAUGGGACGGGGCAAAUGCAUGGAGAAGAGGCGGCGCCGGAGGAGCCCCGCCGUCAGGCGCAGUCUACCUCUGCGGGGAAGAGGCAGCGGAAGGGAACGGACCUGCUGGUGGACCUGAUCCAAUUCCAGGGGGUCUUUGGAAGCCCGUGGGGUGCCCAUGGGGAAAUGGGUCUCGGGGCUUGCGCGCCGGCACCCGCGAAGGAGGUCACGGGCUGACCCCUCCUCCAGCCAGCCCGCGCGGCUUGUCUCCCUUCCUCCUCUCUCCGUCCAGGAAGCGGCCAGGGAUCCUACAGUUUGCUGGACGUGCAGGUGGGGAUGGUCGACUGGAUGCUGUGCCUCCGCUGGCUGCGCUCCCUCACCAAAAACAUGAUCUGCGCCGGGUUUGAGGAGGGCGGCCGCGACGCCUGCCAGGUGGGAGACGCCCCCCUCGCCUCCUGCCCCCCGUCUUCCUUCUGGGCGUAGAAGGGGGCCCAGCCAGGGCGCUCCGAGUGGGCAAGGGGGGCGCAGGGUGGGGCAGCGAAGGGGUGGGAGGGGAAGGCUUGCAGCUGGGGCUCCCGGGGGCUUCGGACUACAACUCCCACCCUCCCGCCUCUCCAGGGGGACAGCGGAGGACCCCUCAUGUGCCGCCCCCCGGGCCGCGGAGGACCCCACCAGCGCUGGUACGCGGUCGGCGUGGUGAGCUGGGGGCGCAGCUGCGCGGCCCGCCACAGCCCCGGCGUCUACACCAGGGUGGCCAACUUCCACGCGUGGCUGGAGAUGACCUCGGCCCACGAAAGCCACCCUUUCCACGUGCCGCAGACCGCGGAGGGCCACACCGCCGCCCCCGCCGCCGAGGCGGCGCAUGUGACCAGGCAGGAGCUCGACAUGUGGGCCGGAGUGGAGGCGGCCAUCGCCGCCAGAGCCGCUCCUGGGCAGCGCCCGGCCCUCGCGUGGCUCCUGGGGGCCGCCUGCUGGGCCCUGCGCUGGGCAGAAGAGAUGGAAUAAAUGAUAAUUUAUUUAUCUGUA